AUGAAGCUCGCCGUCGCAAUCUUCGGUACUACUCUAUUGGCCACGUCUAUCAUUGCCUUUCCUCUCACCUCUCACCAACAGGCGGACACUGAGAUACAGCGAUCUGCCCAAGCUCCGCGCCGCAAAAUCCGACCUCACAAUCCGGGUACCUCAGAAGGGCUUUAUCUAAACCAAACAUCACAGGAGACUUACAGCUCAAACUGGGCCGGGGCUGUGCUUAUUGGUACCGGAUACACUUCGGUAUCCGGAGAGAUCGCACUUCCUAUCCCCCACCUUCCAAGUGGUGCUAAUUCCUACCCAAAUUACUGCGGGGUUGGCAUUGACGGUGAUACUUGCAGUACAGCAAUUUUACAAACAGGAAUCGAUUUCUGUAUUCAAGGAGGCUCCACGUCAUAUAGCGCGUGGUACGAAUGGUAUCCAGACUACGCCCGUAACUUUAGCAACAUCCAAAUUUCGGCCGGAAAUAAGAUCAAAAUGGCAGUCCACGCAAAUUCGAACAGUUCCGGCUUUGCUACUAUUGAGAAUAUAUCCACAGGCUUGUCUGUGGCACAUAUAUUUCCUUAUAGCCUUGUGGGUGAGCUCUGCGAGUUCAACGCCGAAUGGAUUGUGGAGGACUUUUCUAUAAACAACGCGUUGGCUCCUUUUGCCUACUUUAGCACUGUAGUGUUCUCCAACGCAGUUGCCUCGCGCGGUGGCAAUACUUACGGGCCAUCGGGUGCUACCGUCAUGGACAUCUAUCAGGAUCGGAUUCUCACGUCUUCUUCUGUCACCAGUAAUACUGUCACUAUCAGUUACAUCUAG